CUUACACACCAAGGAGGCCAGAGGACUCUCGCAGGCUGGGGACUGAAAACCCCUUUCAAACCCACAGCGGGCUUGGCUUACACAGCUACCCCAGCACGCCCUGGUGGCAGCCCUAUUCAGUGAGGAGGAGGGCACAGGAGAGUGAAGCAAUGGUCUGAAUAGCAGCAGCCCAGGGAGGGACCCAGCUCGAGCUUGCCCCCGCAGAGAGAGGGCUAGCAGCCAAGGGCGCCACUCAAUCACCAGCGCGCGCCGUGCCACCCCUGGACAGGGACACGAGCGGCUGCGCCCGGCCCCUCUCCCGGCGCGGCAGCAGGAAGGGGCCGAACCGCACGGCCGCAGCCUGGCUUGAGAGCGGCCGGGAGCAGCCGAGGCGCGGGCUACGCACCCAGCAGGAGACCGUCCAUGUCAAAGAUCAGGUGUCACACUACAAGUAUGCUGUGACGGGUUGGACCUUCCCGUCCAGGAUGCCACCUGAUGUGCUGGGGUUCCACUUCACUUCUGUUCCACCAACCUGGACUUCCUCAUCCUGUCCUUGCUGUGUCAGGCCCCAAGCCUUCUCUAGCACACACACAGGGGCUGUAUGCCAAGAACAAAUGCUUCCUUUUCCUUCCCUCCUCUGUCAUUCCUACAGUUAAUGAGAGUGGACUUUCCACCCAUAUAGUGGUGAUAAGUGCAUGCAGCCAGCUUGUUUGAAAUCUGGAGGCAGAAAGUGAAACAGCCUGACGUGAGGAACCUCUUAACGUCAACUGGCAAAGGGCACAGAGGGAGUGCAUAGGGGUUACGGGAAUCUCCGCAGUCUGGAGGAAGAUGAGGAUCCUUGUACUUCUACUAUUUUAUCACUAUGCUACAAAGAAUGCCAAAAGUUACAGAACUUCAAACCCCAACUUUAUUUUAAUCAUGGCUGAUGACCUUGGCAUUGGAGAUAUUGGAUGUUAUGGAAACAAAACAUUAAGAACCCACAAUAUUGACAAGCUAGCUAAAGGAGGAGUGACAUUUACUCAACACAUGGCAGCAUCUCCACUGUGUACCCCAAGCAGAGCAGCUUUUCUGACAGGCCGAUACCCUGUCAGAUCAGGAAUGGCUGCAUUGUCAAACAUUGGUGUCUUCUUAUUUUCUGCCUCUUCUGGUGGACUUCCCACUGAAGAAAUAACUUUUGCAAAACUUUUGAAGCAGAAAGGUUAUUCUACAGCUCUUAUAGGAAAGUGGCAUCUUGGGCUGAACUGUAACAGCAGGGAUGACUUCUGUCAUCACCCCCUCAGUCAUGGAUUUGAUUACUUCUAUGGACUCACCGUGACCAGUCUUAGAGACUGCAAACCAGGGGAAGGCAGCGUGUUUGUGGCAGGGGUUCGAGCAUACCUUGCCACUCCACUUCAGCUCAUCAGUAUUACCCUAAUCUCUUUGAAGGUGCUGCAUUAUAUUGGCCUUCUCAGAAUACCCCGUGGAGCACUGCACUACUUCUUUUUAAUAUCUACAGUUUUAUUUGGACUUUUGCUCAUUUUCUUUUAUACUUUUCGAUAUCUAAACUGCUUCUUAAUGAGGAACCACCAGAUUAUCCAGCAGCCACUGUCCUAUAAGAACCUUACUCAAAGAUUGACGGAAGAAGCUGUACAGUUUAUAAGAAGGAAUGCUGAUACACCAUUUCUUCUUUUUCUGUCCUACCUUCAAGUCCACACUGCUCUAUAUGCAUCAAAGGAUUUCAAAGGAAAGAGCAAACAUGGUUUAUAUGGGGAUGCUGUAGAGGAAAUGGACUGGAGUGUAGGAAAGAUUCUGGAUGUGCUAGAGAAAUGGAAUUUGAAUGAUAAGACUCUUGUAUACUUCACAUCUGACCAGGGGGCACAUGUUGAAGAAGUCUCUAGCACUGGAGAAGUCCAUGGGGGGUAUAAUGGAAUUUAUAAAGGUGGAAAGGCUACAAACUGGGAAGGAGGUAUUCGUGUGCCAGGUCUUCUUCGCUGGCCAGGAAUGGUACAGGCGGGUGUCCAUAUUGAUGAGCCUACAAGUAACAUGGAUAUAUUCCCUACAGUUGUUAAACUUGCAGGGAUACCAUUACCCAAAGACAGAAUUAUUGAUGGACAUGAUCUGAUGCCCUUGCUUCAAGGGAAAAUUCUCCGAUCCGAGCAUGAAUUUCUCUUCCAUUACUGUAAUGCAUAUUUAAAUGCAGUGCGCUGGCAUCCAGGAAACAGUGAAUCUAUUUGGAAAGCUUUUUUCUUCACUCCAAACUUUGAUCCAGAAGGCUCCAACGGUUGCUAUCAUUCCCAUGUGUGCUAUUGCUAUGGAAGUCUUGUCACACACCAUAACCCACCGUUACUCUUUGAUCUCUCCAGAGACCCCGGAGAGAAAAAUCCACUAACACCAGAGACUGAACAUCAUUUCUAUGAAAUCCUUGAUAUCAUUCAACAAGCAGUAAACAACCAUACCAAAUCAUUGCACGUAGUCUCCAACCAGUUAUCAUGGGGGAAUAUCCUUUGGAAGCCCUGGCUUCAAUUAUGUUGCUCAUCCAUCUUUCUGUCUUGUUACUGUGACCAUGAAUCAGAGGAAAAACUAAGCUUGCCCACGGCAUGACACCUUUGAAACACACACAUGCUUUUUGGAUAACAAAUCUGCAAUUUUACCUACAAUAAUUGGAACAAGCGGUAUUGGUAGGUUGUUUUGUUUGAACCACUACAACACCUAACCUUUACAAUCCCACUGUGGCUCCUAGGACUCUAUCAUAGGUGUAUAGCAUCUGCUGGAAUCCCAAAUCCUACUAUAUAGGGUAAACCAUCUUUUAAAUACACCAUUGCCAAAUAUUUUGGGGGGAGGGAAAACCAAUCCUGGACCCUCCAUUCCUGAGGAAAGAGUAGCAUAAUCCUUUCUCAUGCAAUGUCUGUAUGAAGCCAUAUGCCAUAUUCGCAGAUGGUCAUGCUGUAGUCACUCUACAGAGCGUACUAUUUCUUAAGACCUCUGACUCCAGCUGUGUUCACAAGCUUUGAAGGUAUGUAACUACAGCUUCCAGCUGUAACUGUCAAACAUCGCUCCUGCCCCCACUGGUAACUAACAUCUACUGUUACGAGAGUAUUGCAGGAAGGGAAAAACACAAAAAAGAUACUACCAUGAUGAGGACCAUAGAAGUACCUAGCUAGAUGGACAAACAGACACAGAAACGAACAGAUAAAGAAAGGAUUUGUAGCCACAUUCAUGACACGCAAUCAGUGCUGCUAUAAGACAAAAAAUAGAUGACUGACUGUACAGUACAACUUAUAGAUGACUACACAGUAACAGCUGCCCAUAUUUAACAUGACUAACAGAUGAUGUCAUUUGCAUUCUCCAGUUUCGGGGGCGGGGGCAGAUGGGCAUACUGAGCUGCUGACAAGUGGGAAGGCAGAAAAGCAGGAAAAGGAGUGUGUCAUAUAAAGCCUUUUACAGCCACUAAUCAUGUGGAGAGGUCCAACUUGACCCAGUCAACUGGAUCCAUCCUACUUUGCCAACAAAGUCCAUAACAACAAACAUCCCAAAACAGGGUCCAAACACCGAAUGGCCAGUUCUGCCCAAUCCAUAUGUCCAAACUCCAAACACAGGUUGUGCUAUGAGGGUCUCUCUCAGUGGCUAUUGUGCAAACCAGCUGUUUCACUGAUGGGAGAGAACUGUAUUUUUUUAAAAAACAGUCUUGCUUCAAAUGUUUGAAAUUAUUACUUUGAAACCCCCCUACAAAGUCUGCUGUUUUCUGAGAAGUCUGUACAAAGUAAAUCAGAUUUACCCAAGGCUGAAUGUAUAUACUCUGUAUUUUUAAUAAGGCCUGGGCAAAUCUUUAGCACUUAUGGGCUAAUUUCAGUACCAGAGUUUACUCUGUAUCUUGUUCACUCACAUUUUAUUUUCAUUCUGCAGCAAAGCAAAUUAUUAUUUUUGGCAGGUAUUAUGAACAGGAAAACAUAUCAGCAAUAUAAACUAAAAUUAUGUGAUGCCUAAUAAUAUGAGACUUUCACCCUGUCACAGAAACAUAGUGAAUUCUUGUCCAUCCAACAACAUAAUGCAUUAAGGCAGGCAUCGGCAACCUUCGGCACGCGGCCUGUCAAGGUAAUCCACUGAUGGGCCACAAGACAUUUUGUUUACAUUGACCGUCCACAGGCGCGGCCUCCCACAGCUCCCAAUGGGCUUGA